UCAUGAUGUGUUGGAUGAUCUAAUUUAUUCUAAUGUCUUUUUUGUAGUCCUAGCUCAGGAAGUCAUUCAGCCGCCAUGCCUGCCUGUAAUCUACACUUUGGAUUACUUUGCUUGAGAAAUGGCCUCGUUUUGAUCCCAGAGAAUUUGACUGCUUUUCUCAACGAGAAAGAUCAGAAAGAAAGUUCAGAGACCGAUGGAAACAAUUCUGAGUAAGUACCUUACUGUACAUUAAAUUGUUUCAGACACUGAAGAAAUAUUUCUUUUUUGCAACCAGGAGGAUUUGGCAAUUAUCCUGUCUCACGUUUAUCCGGCGCCACGUUUGGGCUAGCUGGAUCUCGCUAGCCUGAGAGUAUUGGCGUAUAAUGGUAAAUUUACAAUUACAACUUUGUAAAGUUACCCCCGCACAAAAACUAUCCCUCGGUUUUUAAAUACUGAUAUCACGAGCCUCUGCUUGGGACAACCACACCCUGUGAAAAUAUAUUAAAUACUAAAUUAUUUUUAUUAUUCGUUUCUUGUUUAUCCAACAGUGAAACCUUAUCUCAUUCUCAUGCAUCGACGUCUAUCCCAGCAGCACCAUCGGCCCCAGUGAAAGGCCAGGAGAUCCAGCAGUUAAAGUAAGUCAGUGGUUGUUGAUAUCCUGUCCAUUGCUACUUCAUGUUAGGAACACGUGGUUUAAUAAACUAAACUAAGGUAGCUAUGAUGACGAAACUAGAAUUUGGGUCUGCGUUUAUGUUAGCGCCUGUUUAUGUACUACACAGUACAAUUCUGGCUGUAUUCGUGUACAUUUUAUACAUUGAUAUGCUCCUUAUCGAUUUAUAGAAAUUCCAUCCUUGCUGGUAUAUCCUAUGUUUCUCUGGUGUUGGGUGACUAUGUUUUGUCAUUGGAUCAUGCACAGACGUUACUCUCUCAACCUAAACUUUGUGGGUCAAUAAGGUAUUCCUUCAAGUUCAUUCUACUUAUAUAUUUUACACUGUCUAACACGAGACAAUUGAGUGAGAGUUUAACACCCACCAGAAGGAUGCGAUAAUUUGUACACUUACUGCAGGAGCUACGCUCCAAAACCAUGCAUGUGGAGUUAGUGGAACCAGGGAUAAUAAAAUAAAUGGAUAGGAAACUAGCUGACGUGACCUAAUGUUUUCAAUGGGCUGAUGGCGUGAUUAGAUGUUGAAACCUAGUUGUAAACCAAAUUCUCAAAAACGGCAUGUUUAGCAAUAAUACAGCUAAACAUUUUAGUCAAAGAGCAAAUGAAUAUAACUACGCCAUUCUACGAUGAAAUCUCUAAGUAUUCCCAGUCAAUUUUAGCAAAUAUUUCAAGCACUAAACAGUGAAAAAGGCAUCCCAAAUCAUAGGCAGCCCACUAAACGACUGAAUUUAAAUUAAAACUACAAUGAAAUUAUAAAAUUUAACGAAAAUAAUCACAAAUUAGCGAAAUAUAUUGCAAAAUGUAGCUUAUAUUAAAUCUCCACUCGAUUGACCUAUCGGCGAAUUGACGUAUAUUAAAUUUAAUAUACGUCAGUUCGCCGAUAGGUCAAUCGAGUGGAGAUUUAAUAUAAGCUACAUUUUGCAAUAUAUUUCGCUAAUUUGUGAUUAUUUUCGUUAAAUUUUAUAAUUUCAUUGUAGUUUUAAUUUAAAUUCAGUCGUUUAGUGGGCUGCCUAUGCCCAAAUUUCGUUAAAAUUGGGGACGCCAAUUUCGUAGCUACAAAUGUAAAAAAAUACAAAACAAAGACGAAAAAAAUUUACCUUGAAUACUUUGUCGUGGCUUAGGCAUGUUUUUAAAACAUUUAGACCAGUAUAUGCUUCAAUAUUACUCUUUUAAAGCGGAAAGUAUAGCGAAACAACAAAAAUGCCGAGAACUUUGCAAUACGCGUGACGUCACAGAUGGCAACUAGGUUGUUUUUGCUUACGUCAGCUAGAGUCCUAUCCAUUUUAUUAUCCAUGGUGGAACUAUCAUCUAGACCUGGGUCCGGUUGUUCAAAGCUGGAUUAGCGCUAACCCUGGGUUAAAAUGUAACCAGCUGUUUUAGUUUAUGUAUUUCUGUUUAUGUAUUUUUAUGUAUCUGUUUAUUUCAAAACUUCAGACUUCGUCCUGCUCCACAAAUGGUAACACAUGCUACAAAAUCUACAAUGCAAAAAUAGUGUGUGUUUUAGAAAAAAACAUGUGAAAGCAAAAUCCAUUCGCUUCAUGUUUACACACUGUUACUGACUGUAUCUUGUAUAGUUUUCUGGGGCAUAUGUAUGCAGCUGAAGCGAUGAUACAUCUGGGACGUAUACCAGAAGCAAUCAGCCAUCUAUCUCCUGAUAACAUCAGUGGUAUUUCUAAUAAUGGACCAAGUGAUCAGACCACAGGUU